ACAGUUGAUUCAUUCGUGCACUCUCUUGAUAUUCUCACUCACUCAAGCGAUCGUUAUUUGGUAUACACGCGUCCAUCCAUGGCCGGCCAUGAACGACUUCAUCACGCCACGCACACAUGCUAUCUUGACGGCGUUGACGCAAGCAUGGACACGUCCGUGUGCACUGCACACACAUUCAUCCAUACGAUCGUACGAGCCGCAGCCGCGCGGCCUCUUCCCUGCUGGUGGUGGUCACUGUGUGGGUGAGGCUGCCGCCUCCUCCGUCUCGCCCAGCCACUUGACGCGCCGGCCCUCAGACCACAGCGCCAACCGAGAGGAACCGUUCUUCAGAUAAUAGCGGCCCUGCGCGCACACACACACACACACGUGCAUACAAAGGGCCGACUGGUGCUGCUGGUACGUGUGUGAAGGCCGACGUACCUGGCCAUCCUGCUUGCCGUCCUUCCAGUAUCCCUCGUAUCGCCGGCCGUCCGCCCACACGAAGAUGCCAAAGCCCUCCUGUGCAUCGACAGACGGGCCGAGACACGCAUGUGGUUUCUGGAGUGUUGUCUGGCAGCUGUCACUGACCUUUUUGUCCUGCGAGUAGGAUCCCUCGUAGCUGCGCCCGUCGGCCCAGAGGUACAAGCCGGUGCCGUGCAUGACGCUGCCCUUCCACUCGCCCUGACGCCAUCACACAGAGAGGGCGAAAUGGUGUGUAUAGACGCGGUGUUUGGGGCCGUCCCAUAGGCACCUACCUUGAAGUGCCUGCCGUCUUUGCCCUGAUAGACGCCGUAGCCGUUGAUCUUGUUGGCGCGCCACUGGCCCUUGUAGGAGCUGCCGUCGGCCCAGUGGUACACGCCAUAGCCAUUCUGCCAACCAACACACAGACACCGACACACCGAGACACAUGGAGAGUGGCACAUUGCGUCAAUCAGUCAAUGCGACGAUUGUGUGACCUUCUUUCCUCCGUGGAAUUCGCCUUUACACAUGCAUGGAAAAAUCGCAUCGACAUAGGUAUGGGUACAGGUCAUUUGUGUAGGGUUCUUUUGGUCUUGGCAUCUCUGUGUAUGGGUCGUGUUUUACCCUCGUAGACGGAGCCCUCGCCCCAUGUCUCCACGCCAUAGCCCUCCUGCACACAUCCAUCCAUCCAUCCAUCCAUGGGGGUGUGUGUGUGUGUGUGUGUCUCCUCCCUCCCUCCGUCUCUCUCUCUCUUUGUCGUGUCGUCUUGCCUGGACGUCCUGCUUCCACUGGCCCAUGUAGCAGGUGGUGCUCUUGUGGUAGUACAGACCGCUGCCGGACGCCUAUAUGCACAAACAGACCAGUACACACACACACGUAUAGGAAACACGACACACACCCGUCUCCCCUCCCUGCCUGCCUCUUGACCCGUGUGUCUCUCUUAUCCCUACUGACCACGUUGUUUUCCCAUUGGCCGAUAUAGACGUCCUUAUCCCAGUGGAGGAACUUGCCCAUUCCGUUGGCCUUGUCCUCGGCCCACUCGCCCUCAAACUCAGCCCCGUCAGCCCACACCAUCCGCCCAAACCCGUGCCUCUGGUUGCCGCGCCACUGGCCCUCGUACGUCGCCCCCGUCGCGAACCGGUGCUCGGGGUGGCUCUCGACCACCGACGAGUUCUUGUUGUCCAUCGCUCGCAGCUCCGCCACCUCUCUCUCAAAGUAGUUCACCUGUCCACAAUCACGUGUGACACACAUAAAUUAAAUCACUGCAGAGGAGUCUUCCUGCUUCUUCUUUUUUUAUCGUCACAUACCGUCAUGCCGGCCGUGGCCUCUGCCCUUGAGACCACCUGCUGCUGACUCAUGGCCGCCCUGCUAUCGGGCGAAAUGCCUCCUGCCAUGGGGGACACGCCGCCCGCCGCCAUCGGUGAGGCGUCGGCAGGGUGCAGUGUGGCGGCGUGCUGCGAUUCCGGGAAGAGCUGGGCGGUCCCCUCGCCGCCCGUGGGCAUGCCGGGCGGCUGCAGGAGGUUGGAAGCGCCCGGCACGUACUCGCCUGAGCUGUCGGCUUCGUUUUUCUUGGCCGUUUCUCUGUCACAGCCACACGGGGAAGAGCUGCACACGCCCAUGACUGGUGAAGCUGCCAGCAGCGAUACGAAAGAGG